AAAAAGUCAAAUUGUUCUCUCCGGAAGACAUGGUUCCUUUAAAUAGGCGUGGGUACUAGCGGAUCUGAGCGUGCCUCCGAGAGGAAAUUACUGGGAUCGCAGGCUUUCGAUAUGUAGCCAGGCAGUCUGUCCAUUUCUAGUGUUCCGGCUUCACCCGGGUCAGUUUCAGGCAAGAGCGGGGGGAAGUUGGUCAAUUUCCGCGUACGGGGCACUUAGAUAGAGUGUGGAUCUGAGGCAGACACAUCCUGAGGGACAGUGAGUCACGCAGAGAAGGUGAGCGUGACAGGAUAGACAUUGUGCGAGGGGGACAGUAACAGACACAGAGCGAGAGAGAAAGUGGUGAACAGAGAGAGAGAGACUUUGUGAGAAAGCGGCAGGCAGGAAGGGGCAGAGAGAGAAAGAGCCAGUCUGUGUGUGUGUGUGAGAGAGAGAAAGUGGCACGCAAGGACAAUCAUAGAGAGACAGUAAAAGUGACAGACACGCACUCACGCAGAGAGACAGAUACAAACAGACAGACAAACCAAGGAGAAGCAGAGAGACACAGUGCCAGAAAGAGUGACUGUCACCCCCUCUUUGACCAAGUUACAUACAGAGAGAAAGAUAGUGUGUGAGAGUAAUAGACACAAAGACAGACAGGCAAACAGAGAGGGGGGGCGGGUGUUAACGUGGGGGAGGGGGAGAGAGUGAGAGUGUCUGAUACAGGCGGUCAAAGCAAGAUAUAGACACAGAGUGGGACAACCAGAGACUGAGAAGCAAACAGAGACUCAUAGAAAUAAACAGGAGGAAGAAGUGAUAGUGGGAGGAAUGAAAGACAUUUGGAUGUAAAGAAGGCAGAUAAACGUUGGGGAGUCAAGGGGGAAGAGGAGAUUGCCCCUGCUUCCCAGUCCGGGUCUGGGAGAGCAGAAGCCUGGACUGGAGGAAGCCAUGGACUGACUGAGGAGUUAGGCUGGAAAGAGAGUGUUCUGGCGCAGAACCUGGAAUACAACUUCAUACUGAGGUCAGACGUUCAAAAAGUGGAGGGCAGCAGAUUAACAUCACUUAAUCAACACCACGCAGACAGAUGAUAUGAGGCACAUCUAAAUACUUCUUCGAUGCUGUGAGGGUUAAUGUCUCUUCCAGACAGAAUGCCUUGGUCCCUUUCAACCUUUGCUGUGUACAUAUUGACCUGUAUUGUUGCAACAGUAACUCAUCGGCUCAGCGCAUCUGGACAAUGCAUGGACUGGGAUGUGGAUAAUGUCACCGAAGUGAAGGCCUACAGUGAGGAGCCAGCGAGGGUUAGCUGCCCCCUCUUCCUGACCCACUCCAAAUUAAGCUACAGCAUGGCCAAUGACUCGGGACUAACACUAGUGUGGUAUAAAACCAGACAAAAUGGAGAGCUGGAAGAGCUGAUAGACUUUGACCAAGCAGGGAAUCGAAUCACAAAGAAGCUGGAAGUGCUGUGGUUUUGGCCAGUGUUUGCUAAUGAUUCUGGGAACUACACCUGCAUAUUGAGGAACACCACCUAUUGUCUCAAGGUGGCUGUACCCCUUCUGGUCAUUCAGAAAGGACACAAUGAUUGCAACAGCAGUAAGGAAAUGAUUUUCCCUGUUCAGUUGGCUCUCGGAGAAACCAAAUACUUGAGCUGUCCAGACACUACUGAGUUCUCCAAGUCUUCAGUCAACUCAACAGUUGCCUGGUAUGCAAAUGAGGCCCCUUCGGAACACCACACAAAGGACCAGGGUCAGGGGUGUUGGAGAGUUGAGAAAGUGGUGGACAUGGUGAAAGAGACUGAGGGUAAACUGCUAUUCUUAAUUGUAAGAGAAUACCACAAAGGAGAAUACACUUGUAUCACAACAAUGACACAAAGAGAACGGCCUUACAGUCUGACCAGAACCGUCACCAUCUCGAUUUGUGCUAGCCAACAGGAACUGAAGGCACCGGUUUUAAUUUUGCCAAAGAUUGAUCAACAGAUUAAAGUGGAACACGGUCAGGAAGUAAAUUUAACCUGUAGGAUGUACUUCCAUUGUAUCCACAAUUCACCCACAAAUCUCUGGUGGACUGUCAAUGGACAACAUGCAGAGGACCUAACUCCAGCAAUAAAAAUAUUUCAGAGGUACUUUUGA